AUGCCCACCCAUGAGCCAGACUGCAGCUGCGGCCGCAGGCCCAGCGUGGCACAGGGGAAGUGGUACGGGGUCCGCUCCUACCUCCAUCUCUUCUAUGAGGACUGCACCGGGGCCAGCCCUGACGGGGACAGGAAUGGGUCCUCAUCAAAUGGAGCCUGGGCCCCCCUUAUCUGGAAGGUGAGCCUCUCCAUGGGCAUCCUGUUCCUGCUUGUGGGUGCCGCUGCGCUGGCCACCGGCUCCCUGGUGCCCCCAAAGCUGGAGCAGAUCGGAGAGGAGGAGUUCAUGGUGCUGGACAUGCAGGCGGUGCGGUACAACCACGUGCUGGGGACAUGCUGGCUGGUGGGCAUGGCACUGUGUGUGGCGGCUGGGGCGCUGGGCACCGUUGGGCUCCUCUCCUGCGCACUGGCCCUGCACCGCCCCCAGGAAGAGGAGCAGCAGCUCUCACCCAUCCUGCCUGGCAGUCCCCCGCCACGGCCUCCCACCACAUUUGCCCAGGCAGGGACAGCGGUGCCCUUUGGCAUCUCCCGUGUCCACGGUGUCCAGCCCCGGUGGGACACCUGA